AUGAAUGUAACUGUAUCAACUGGCAUAACACCAUUAAUUACAAAAGAAAAUAAUCCAAUGACAUCAGUUACAAAACCAAUUGGUAAUGAUCGUUCACUAUCUUUUCCCGGCCAAAACACAGGUACAUAUUGGCCUAGUGAACCACCUCAAGCUGCAUUAGAUGGUAAUUUCAAUACCGAAUAUUCCAAUCAUGGGAUUUGUAAUGGACAUAGUCCACUACAAGAUGAAUGCGGAAUAAAAACUGGUUUUUAA